CACUGGAGGAAAGUUAAAAGAAAAGCAUUUGGUUUAUCAAAUCAUUUAAAGAAAAGACUGAAAAAAAGAAACAAAACUUUUUUAUAUUUUAAAAAUUGCUGAUUAAAAGAUACUCAAAGUGUUUAAAGAGUUUCACAAUCAAUUCCGUUGUGGGGGAAAAUAAACAAGAAAUUCAUAUCUGUACUAACGUUAUAUAGAGAAGAAAACGUUAUAUAUUGCCAGGUCUGAGUGGGUACCAGUGGUAACAGUGUAGAAUGUCAUAUCAUGGUAAAUGGUUGGGACCCAAGGAUUUUACACCUGGUUCAGGUGGAGGAGAAAAAAGGAAGAGAGAUGACUUUUAUGGAAGAGGUGGGUUUAACUCUGGUGGAUUCUUUUCUGGUUUUGGUGGAGGAGGAGGGUUUGGAAGAGGAGGAGGGUUUGGACGAGGAGGUUAUGGUGGAAGAGGUGGAUAUGACCACUAUGAUAUGCCAAGACAUGAGUCAGCUUCUAAAAGAUUCCAUCGUAUGGAAAUGAUGCAGCAAAUAGCUGCCUUAGAACAGGAAGAAGAAGAAGAUUAUAUACUCAGAGAACGCUUGGAAGAACUGAAAUUCCAAAGACAAAUGAGACUGAUGGGAGGACCAAUGAAUGAUGAUUAUUAUGGUGGCUAUGAAGGAUAUGGUGGUGGUAUGAGAGGUACAGGAUUUGGAGGUAGAGGAUUUGGGGGUAGAGGUGGUGGAUUUGGAGCCAGAGGCAGAGGUUGGGGACAGAGAGAUCAAGGUCGGGAGUACAGAGAUCAAGGCAGGGGAAACAGAGGUGGUAGAAUCCGACAAAAUAACAGAGACUUAAAAAGAGCAAAAGAUUUAGAAGGCAAGCCUCCAGGACCAAGACCUCCUAUUGAUUAUGAAGGCAGGGAUGAUCGACUUCAGAAAUUAAUAACCAAAAUGAAAAUCUUUGAAGACAAGAGAGAUGAAUCUUCAACAUUAUUCUCAUGUAUUAGAGCCUUUAAUCUGGACAUCGAUAUUUAUUACCAUCAGAAGUAUUCCACUAUAUUUUUGGAUGGUUUAUAUUUUGGACGUGGAGUUGAAAAACCCUACAAGCAAGCAGCCUUUGGUGAGGCCAUCCAUAAAUUACGUACAAAAUCUUUGGAUGAGAUAAAGAAAGAAGCUGAAGCUGCUGGUAAAUAUGGUGAAUUGCCAACUGAGAGAAACGAGGUGAUGUUGUACAAAAUGGAUAUGAACAAAGUAUACUGUGAACUGAAAUAUGUAGAUAUGCCAUUUGGGGAGAGAUUGAAGCUUCUUAUUAAUGAACUCAAGACCAACAAGACUAUGGUGUUUUUGUUGAAGGUCUUUUGUGUCAAGUUUGUAUUAAAUGUGCAAUGUAUUUAUCACUACCAUGAAGAUGAACCUCUAGACAAACAUGAAUUCCGUGUGUAUAUAAACGAGUUAUUUUUGGCAUCCAGUAAGAAACAGUUACGAAAGAUAGCCGAGUACGAAGUCAUGAAAGAAGUAUUCAGAAUUUUGAGAAAAGACCCGUUUGAAGAGAUAAUGAAAAAUGAUGGCAGAUUCAGUACAGACUAUCCAGAACUACCAUUAUAUGUGACGUAUCGUGGUGUGGGUGAACAGGUAGAAACCAAUGCUAUCAAUCUACGUUUUUACCAUGGUAUAGAUGAUUUAGAUUCCAUUAAACAGAAUAAGCCUGAGGAUAUUAUUCUCCUAAAGAGAAAUAUGUAUCUUGCAUCCUGGUUUACACUUCUGGACGAGAGUGCAUCAUAUGCUAAACUAUUGUUGAAAUGGGUUUGGAGUACUGAAAGACCACCAACUACUGGCAAUAAUUCAUAUAAGAAGAAGUAUGAGGGUGCGUUUAAUAUAAAAGAGAAAUAUACUGAAAUUGGUCAAAUAGCUAGACAAAACAACUGUCUUAUUAUUACAUGUCAUGUAUAUCUACAAGACCAAGAAAUUGGAGUAGGAUAUGGUAUAACAAGAAAUUCAGCUACUAGAAUGGCAGGAAUAUCUGGCUAUAAAAAACUGUUAACUACACAAACUUCACUCCAUCAUACAAAUGAACAUGAAUCGUGUAAAAGAAAGGAGAUCAAAAUUGAAGAAUUAGCACAGAAAGCAGCAACAUUGAAGGGUAGAAAACGUAAGGUGCCAGUAUUUGAUGAUAUUACACAAGGAGAAGCAUUUGUUGAUGAUUAUAUUAUUGAUAGAAAAGAAGAUGAUAUAGAAAGAGAUGUGGAGACUGAUGCCAUUGAGGAUAUUGCUCAAAUUGCUAUAGAGUCAGUAAAGGAUGAUAAAAUGGCACCAUGGAUAAAGGAAGCUGUAAGAGAAGAUUUAGAGACCUUAUCUAAAGUAGAUUGUUUGAUUGAGAGUGGUUUACUAUACUCUGAUGUGCCAAUGUAUCUGUAUAAUUUUACCAGCUAUUACUGUUAUAAAUAUGACCUACAGAUGAGAACUCGUAUUGAGGGUGACAAGCUGAUAGAACUAGCUGUUACCAAACUAGCCUCUGAUCUGAAUGAAGUGGUCAACAAACUAAAAGACAUUGAAGGCCACUCAGCUCAUGGCUAUACCCUUGAACAACUAAGAAAAGAGGAUGGUACACUUCAAGUUUUCACCCCAGUAGGGAAAAAAGACAAUCGAUCGCGUAAAAAUUAAACAGGAUGUUUUCACAGAAAACAAUGUUAAUUAGUGAAUGGUUUCAUUAUGAAAUGUGCCAUAUAAUUAUGAAUAAAAUCAUGAAGAAAUCAAUCAUAUGCAAUCAUAACUUUUGCAUCCUGUUACUAUAGAUCAACCAGACAUAGAUUUUACAUCUUGUGACUAUAAAAUAUUAUAGAUCAACUUGAUAUAGACUUCAAAUCAUGUUACUAUAGAUCAUCAUGACAAAAAUUUACAUCCUUUCGCUAUAGAAUGAGCUGAUGUCGCUUUACAUUCUGUCACUAUUGAUAAACCAGACAUAAUUUAUACAUUCUGUCAAUUAAAGAUCAACCAGACACAUUUUACAUUCUGUUACAAUAGAUCAACCAGACAUAGAUUUUAUCAAUCUGACAAAUAUUUUACACUGUUCAACUGGACAUAGAUUUUUAAAACUUUAAAUUGCUUUAAAUUACAUAUCUUAAAUUUGAUAUGUUAUACAUUUUAUGUAUGUUCAUUUAUAUAGAUUUACUUUGUAAGUUUAACUGCCUUUCAUCGCUGUAGGUCAUAUUUGUAAAUUUCAUUUUAUCAAAUAAAUCACCUUUGAGUUAAUAAUUUU